AUGGUCAACCAGUUGAAAUACGAAGAAAGAGCUGAAAAGCAUAGUUCCCCUGUAGCGCAAAGGCUUUUUAAAUUAAUGGAAGAAAAACAAUCAAAUUUAUGUGCUUCAAUUGAUGUAAGAACUACAAAUGAAUUUAUGGCCUUGGUUGACAAAUUAGGACCUUAUAUCUGUUUAGUUAAAACUCAUGUUGACAUAAUAGAUGAUUUUUCAUAUGAAGGUACAAUUAAACCAUUGUUGAAACUAGCUAAAAAGCAUAAUUUUAUGAUUUUUGAAGAUCGAAAAUUUGCAGAUAUUGGAAAUACGGUAAAAUAUCAAUAUACUGGGGGAGUUUAUAAGAUUUCUCAAUGGGCAGAUAUAACUAAUGCUCAUGGAGUUACUGGAGAAGGAGUUGUGCGAGGUCUAAAAGAAGGUGCUUUUGAAACAACAAAUGAACCUCGAGGUUUAUUAAUGUUAGCUGAAUUAUCAUCCACUGGUUCAUUAGCACAAGGUGAAUAUACUGAAAAAACUGUUGAUAUAGCUAAAUCCGAUAAAGAGUUUGUUAUUGGAUUUAUUGCACAACGAGAUAUGGAUGGUCAAAAUGAAGGUUUUGAUUGGAUUAUAAUGACACCUGGAGUUGGAUUAGAUGAUAAAGGAGAUAAAUUAGGUCAACAAUAUAGAACAGUAGAUGAAGUUAUACUGACUGGAACAGAUAUAAUAAUAGUUGGUAGAGGUUUAUUUGGUAAAGGAAGAGAUCCAGAAGUGGAAGGAAAGCGUUAUCAAAAAGCAGGUUGGAAUGCAUACUUGAAGAAAACAAAUCAGUUAUAA